GUGAUUUGUCAUAGCAAGACUGAGGAUCACCGAACGCAUACGGUGUACCGUAUCUUAUUCUCCUGACUCGACUGCUUUAGCUUCAUUCUCACUAUCAACAUUUCUCUUUCAUCUUUACCAUCGUUUCCAGCAGCGGGUUCACGACUUUUGGUACCGCCUAGCUUAUCCACCCUAUUCCAGCUCGUCCAAGAUUCCAGAAUCUUAUGGAGUUCCCUACCAUGAACAACUUCUGGGAUCUAUCGCAAACUCCAUCUCAGUUCUCUCAGCUUGGCGAUGACGACUUUCUAGCUCUCCUUCAAAAACAAUACCCUAAUACCGUCCCUGACGUCAAUGCCACUGACGUUGGCGCCGUAAACCCCCAAAGCAUACAGAAAGCUCCUUUGCCAAGUCAAACACCGCCCUCUGAUGAUAGCAGUCCAAGUCCACCAAGCAUCAACAGUAUCAAUCAUCCACGAUCAAGGCACCAGUCUACUUACUCCCGUGGCAAUGACAAUGAGGAGUCCGCGCUAAAGCGCAAAGCGAGCGAUGACGACAUGGAGGAGGGUCCAAGUUCAAAGAAUCAACACACUGCUGAUGACCCGAACAGCACAAAAAAAGGGUCAAUAUCCAGACGAAAGUCGGGAGGGUCUCAGGAUGACACACGGCUCCUGAAGCGAAAGGAACAAAAUCGUGCUGCUCAACGCGCUUUCCGAGAACGAAAGGAAAAGCAUGUCAAGGAUUUGGAGGAUAAAGUGGCUGCUCUCGAGGCAAAGAAUAAAGACGCGCUAAAUGAAAAUUCUAAUUUACGAGAUCUUCUCGCACGCCUUCAGGAGGAGAACCUUGCUCUUAAGCAAGCCCAAUUCACAUUUUCAAUGCCGAAACCAAUCGAUCAUUCACAGGCUUCUUCAUCAGCAUCACCUCCGACCAUCCAAGCACCAUUUAGCUUCUUUGGCUCCCCUCCAGCAGUUCCACACCCCACUCCACCCACAUUACGCACCACCUCCCCUAAGCCAUUUAGCGACAUUGAUUGGAGUUCAUUGACAACGUUCGAUCCCACAUUACUCACUGCAAUGGAUGAUAUUCCUUCAGGUCCAAUGCAAGUUGAUUCUUCAAAUUCACCAUAUGGCCAAUAUGCCCUGCCAGCUCCCAACCAGUACAAGACUCUCGCCACUAAUACAUUCUUCAUGUCAUUCGCCGACACCGAUUCCAGUUCAUUCAAUAAUGGUCCUAUCAGCAACGAGACCGUUAAUAACACCUCUAACGGUUUGAAUCAAUUCCCGUUCAAUUUCCCUUCACCUUCGAAUUCCUGGAACAGCACAAGAAAUGGCCAAUCCCAAACAGAAUUCUCACAAUCUUCAGCUCAUUCCGACUACAUGCAAAACCACAGCCUAGACGAGCUUUUCGGCGGGACGUUCAUGAACGGCCAAGGAUCUGUUGACUUCGGCACGCUGAUGAAGAGUCCGCCCGCACCCACCGUAAGUCCCGUGACACACGCAAACGGGAACGGGAACGGGAGCGCGCAAUCACCAUCCGGUAGUAUAUCCUCACAAAACUCCGUGGCUUCCCCCCUUUCUGCACAUCCCAUACCAUCACCAUCGUCGGCUAGCACGUCAAACGGUCAAAGUCCAUUCAGCUGGACGAUGUCCCGACAAGACGCCGAAAGUCCACCUUCGGCUUCCGAGUCGUCAUCUAAUGUAAACCCCCGGGGGCCCAUCGUAUCGAGAGAGGAUGUCGCCAAGCAUAUAGCUGCAUCCGGUGACUCACCGUUUACGAGUCCACCAUUCUCACAGCCUGCGGUGCGCAAGACAAGCGAUUUCUCUCAAGGUGGGAGUAUGAUCGCUUGCGAGGGCUCACAAUUCCCGAAGACGAAAGAGAAUCCGGCGAAUAUCGAUGUUCUGAAAGCGUGGCGGACGAUCACGUCGCAUCCUCAGUUCAAGGACGCCGACAUCAAUCACCUAUGUACGGAGUUCACAAAGAAGGCACGAUGUGAUGGGACAAAGGUUGUUUUAGAGCCAGAGGGUGUGCAUCAUAUCUUGGAGACAUUCAAAGCAAAGUCGUUGGCUCAGCAGCAGCAAACGUCUCCCAGUUAAUCGAGCUAGCACACGGAUUCCCAUUUGUAUUAUGCAUCGCUAGAUCAUCAUUUAUCUUGCUUUCUCACACUUCGUUCUUCUGUUUUGCUAUAUUUUUCUAUGUAGUAUUUCCUGACUAUUGGGAUGAGGAGUGGUACAUAAUCGUCCGGCUUAUUGUACAAUGUGCAGUCUCGGGUUGUUAAAUGAAAGCCUUCGCUUGUAGACGUCAAAUACAAGUUUCUCAAUG